UAAAAAAAAUAAUACACAAAAAAUCAAAAAGAAAGUUGAUAAUCAAAAACAACAUAAUAAAAGUGCCAACAAAAUCUAAGCCCAGUAGCCCAAUAGAGAGGAAAAUUCCCAGGAAGCCCCAAAAGGACCAAAAACAAGCAAAAAGAAUUAAGAGAAAAAGGGGAGAAAAUUGGCGGCGCAAAAGUUAAAAGGGACAAAGGCGAUUAAGCAGCUCGCCAAGGACGGGGCCCCAGCACGAAAGAUACUUCCGGAUACAGCAGCAGCAGCAGCAGCAAGUCGUGGAAGUUGGCGACUGAAAUUGCAUUUCUAAUAGAGAAGCAGAGGCCAACACGUUCAGUGUAUAAUAUUUGAAAUCAAAGCAUUAGGGUCUAACCAUGUCAGUGUGGUACGUGAAUCACAAGCUCAACAUGCGCACAACUGCUGUCAAGAUGAAGCGAACGCAGCCAUGGAUGUCCUGGAUGCCCUGGAUGUCGUGGAUGUCCCACAAGCGGCUGCUCUCCACCAGCUACAGUCUCAGUACCAGUACCAGUCUCAGUCCCAGUCCCAGUCGCAGUCGCAGACCCCAACAGGAAGCGGGCAUGGCCAAUUGAUUUUGAUGGCAACGAGAGGGAAUACGACAAGGACGACAACUAGAAGGACUAGGACUAGGACUAGCAGCAAACUAAGACAAACUAAGAUAAUUCAAUCGCGUUUUCUACAUAUUUAUGGUUACAUUUUCUUCGGUUCCUUGAUGAGUUACAUUAAAACUAUUUGCGCAUCAAUGGUGCAGCAAAUGGCAGCGGAAGCGGAUAAAGAAACGGAAGUGCCAGUGGCAGUGGCAUUGGCCUCAGCCAAAGCAAAGAGGAAAGCAGUUACGGAAACGGAAACAGCAAUGGGCAUGGGAAUGGGAAUGGGAACGGGAACGGAUGCCCGCAUCGUGGCAACGGGAAUUUGCAUUAUAAGACUGAUAACAUUAAAAAGAUUUCUAGAGAUUUCCACAACCGACGAACACAAUCAAAAGCAUCAGCAGGAGCAAUCAGCAACGUCAGCAACGUCAGGAGCAACAGCAGCAGCAGCUCCAGUCCAAAAUAAAACACACUCUCAAACACAUCCACAUCCUCAUGCUCAUCCGCAUACACGACAUCAUCCACAGGCGUCGUGUUGGCGUCACCAGCUGACACCAGGCAUCCUGCUUUUGCUCCUUUUGCUCAGCAGCCUCUGGCCGGACUGCUGCGAGUGCCUGCAUGGCGGCAGCAAUACGGUGAAGACUAAAUAUGGCCUACUGCGAGGGAUUGUGGUGCGCUCCACGCCACUGGUGGAGGCAUUCCUCGGCAUACCCUAUGCCUCCGCGCCGGUGGGCAGUCUCAGAUUUAUGCCUCCCAUUACACCAUCGACAUGGAAAACGGUUCGCAAUGCGGAUCGAUUCUCGCCCGUCUGUCCACAGAACGUGCCCAUACCACCCAACGGGCCGGAGGCGCUGCUGGAGGUGCCGCGCGCCCGUCUGGCCCAGUUGCGGCGUCUGUUGCCGCUGCUCAAGAACCAAUCGGAAGACUGCUUAUACCUUAAUAUCUAUGUGCCCUAUGAGACGCGCCGCUUCAAGCGCAAUGCGGACGCUGAUGUUGACAAUGCAGAACAAGCAACAACAGCAAAGCUUAGCACUGUGGUGUUCAUACAUGGCGAAUCGUUCGACUGGAACUCUGGCAAUCCAUACGAUGGGUCCGAGCUGGCGGCCCACGGCAACGUCAUCGUUGUGACAAUCAAUUUCCGCCUGGGGAUCUUUGGAUUCCUGAAGACUGGCGGCAAGGAGAGCGCCCAGGGCAACUUUGGCCUGAUGGAUCUGGUGGCAGGCCUGCACUGGCUCAAGGAGAAUCUGCCGGCGUUUGGGGGUGAUCCGCAAAGCAUAACGCUGCUGGGCUACGGCACGGGCGCAGUGUUGGCCAACAUAUUGGUUGUGUCUCCAGUGUCGAGUGAUCUAAUACAGCGCACAGUUCUGGUCAGUGGCUCCGCAUUGUCGCCCUGGGCCAUACAAAAGAAUCCGCUGUUUGUGAAGCGUCGCGUGGCAGAGCAGACGGGCUGCCAUGGCGAUAUGCUGUACGAUGAUCUGGCGCCAUGUUUGCGCACCAAAAGCGUGGCCGAACUGCUUUCCGUCAAGGUGGAUCAUCCGCGAUUCCUCGUUGGCUUUGCUCCGUUUGUGGAUGGCACUGUUAUUUCGCCCGUUGCAAAUCCCCUGGGCAGCACCACCUUGCCUUUGGGCUCUGCUAUUGUUAGUACUUCAGGAAUUGAAUAUGCAAACUUUCCCAAACGAGACCUCAUCUUCUGCCUUAGCUCUGUGGAAUCCUACCUGGAUUUGAGUGCCCAAGAUCUGGAGUUUGGCUUUAAUGAGACGCGUCGUGAUCGCAUUCUACGCACUUUUGUGCGCAACAAUUUUCAUUAUCAUUUAAAUGAAAUCUUUGCCGUCUUAAAGAAUGAGUACACCGACUGGGAGAAGGCCAUUCGUAAUCCUUUGAGCUCACGCGAUGCCACCCUGCAGUUCCUCAGCGAUGGCCAUACGGCGUCGCCUCUGAUUAAGCUCGGCUACAUGCACAGUCUACGCGGGGGUCGCACUUAUUUCCUGCACUUUAAGCACAAAACUGUCGAAGAGGAAUACCCACAGAGAACCGGCUCUGUUCGUGGCGAAGAUGUGCCUUUUUGGCUUGGCCUGCCCAUAUCCCCGCUCUUUCCACACAACUACACGACGCAGGAGCGUCAAAUUGGUCGCCUAAUGCUGCGCUAUCUGUCCAAUUUUGCCAAAACAGGCAAUCCGAACCAAUUCAGUGCAAAAACCGCCUUGGGUAACACAGACGAUGCUGCCUUGCAUGAUUUGAAGAAACGCUCGGCAUCUCUGGCCCCCAAUUCACAUCUCAGCGAUGCCAUGACUCUGGCGGUUCUCUACAAUCAGCGACGCAGCAAUGCCAUGCAUGAGAAACGCUCCUAUAUACGUCGCCGCUUGCGCAGUAAUAACGAAGGAGCCUUCACGCAGCUGGGGCUGACCAGCGAGCGGGAUGUUGGCAGCUACGAUGGUGAUGAUCUGCCCUUUUGGGAUGCAUACGACGUGGUCAACCAGCUGUAUGUGGAGUUGGGCAACAAGGCAAACAUUCAGAGUCAUUAUCGUGGCCAUAAGCUGUCCAUGUGGUUGAACCUCAUCCCUCAACUGCAUCGCCAUUUCAACAUCAACGACCAGUCCAUGAGGCAUCAUCAAUUCCAGGAUGACAUGAACAACAGGGAUCUGUAUGAAGGCGUCGUGCGUCCACAGUUGCAGACGAAACCAGCAGAAGAUGACAACAUUAUAAUUAUACAGAAAAGCAGAACGACCACCACGACAACGACGACGACGCCACCGCCAAAGAAUCCAAGUACAAACGUAACGCAAGCUUUGAAUCCCAUAAUUAGCGGCACAGCCACCACCACAGAAUGCGGCAUUGAUGGUGCCAUGUCCGUCUCCGAGUUGACCACAACUCAAGCGCCGAAAGACAAUCGAACGGGAGUACACACGCGCGUGGAGACGCAAAAGGACUUGGCCACCGCCUCGACGGGCAUCAUUGGCAAUCUGGAGCUGCUGCGGCGGCUGAGUGGCAAACAGUUUCAGAGCUACACCACUGCAUUGAUUGCCACAGUGGCUGUGGGCUGUUUCCUGCUCAUCCUCAAUGUACUCAUCUUUGCGGGGAUCUAUCAUCAGCGCGAGAAGCGUGCGCGAGAUGCCAAAACGAAGGAGGAGCUGCAGGAGAGCGACACCAGCAAAAGUUCCAGCAUGCUCAAGCUGAAUGCUUUGAUUGGUGGUGGUGGUGGAGGAGGGCCUGGUGGUGGCGGUUCUUGUGAUCCCGCGGAUGGCUAUUCCCUCAGCGGCACUGUGGUGGACAGCAAGGGCGGUGUGGGCGUUGUCUUUGGGGAAUACAGCUGCUACGAUGAGAAGACCAAGCAGCUGAAGGAGGAGAAGCUCAUUGUGGAGCUGCCACCAUCGUCGUCAAUGUCGGUGACGGUGCCCGGGCAAACAUCCCUCAUGAUGGACAGCUGGGGCGCCUGCUCCACCAGCACACUCGAUCUGCUGAAGACGAAGCCAGGCGGCGAUAGCCACCUGGAGAUGAUCUCCUACAAUGCCCUGCCCACGCUGAUGGAGACAACGUCGGCGCUGAGCAGCAAGCGCGGCUCCUUCGUGGACACCAGCCUGCAAUUCAACAGUCCGCAGCAAUUUGAUUAUGCAGUGCAGUCAUCGGAUCAGAUGUCAUUCAAGGCCAUCGAAGAGGCGGUCAAGGCAGCGGCCAUACAAGACUCUGAGAUCAUGCGAGACGAUGACAUACCAGAACCGCCGCCACCGCCGCGAUCAUUUCUGGCUGCCCAACAGCAACAGCAGCAACAACAACAGGGUAUACUGCGGCAGACGGGGAGUGCGGGAAGUGCGGCGACUAGUUCAGGGAGCAGCGGGAGCAAGAAACGUGUACAUAUUCAGGAAAUCUCUGUCUAGCAUGCAUUACCCUACUACCUACACCUUUUACUACUACAAAACACAAAUGUAAGCAACACUCAUUACAUCUCUCGAUUUCUUCUACUCUUUUGUGGAUCAGUUCUUGAUUUAGUCCAUCUCUAAUUUCCACACACACACUGCCUCUCCUCUCUCUCUCUCUCCCACUACAGCAGAGCCCUUUCCUGUAUGUGCUCUGGUAUGGUGAGAAUGGUGAGAAGUGGAUGCAAGCAAUCGAUGUAACUGUAUGUAUUAUGUGUAUGUAUGUUUGUACAUUAUGGAAAUGUUCCUGGUAGUCAGUCCGUGGGAAUGUGAAAAUAUAUAAGUGAAUAACAACAAAUUCAAAAGUGUAGGGCAUUAAUUUCUGUCGAAAGUGUUAUUAUAAUUGUAUCAUUGUGUGUAUAGUUUUUACGUUCCUUUCGAUCGUGCUCGUGCGAUUAGGAUUCUCGUAUUAUAUAUAUUGUAUUUGCUUGUUAUUUAAUAAUUAGCGAAAUCAAAAUCGGAAAUAUAUUCUAUAUAUAUGUAUAUGUAACUGGCUUUUAAUUAUUUAUAAAACCAUAAACUACAACUAUGAUACCGCAUACUGUAUUUAAAUGUAUUGUAAAAUAUUGACUCUAUUUGUAUGAAAUACAUAUGUAACUCAAAAACAA